AAAGAAAAAGAGGCACACAUACAUACACGCAGAAGGUUAACGAAAAAUUAAAAAUUGCUAAAAUGGUAAUACCAUAGUGACGGUCGCGCUUGUGUAAACUGCUUGAGAAGUGAACAUGUGGAACAAGCGCCCAAAAAGAACAGAAAAAACAAAAAAAAACAUUCGCUCAUUUCAUUCGCGCAUUUCAUUCGCGCACUUUAUGCGAACUGAAGCCAUUUUUCAUAGGCAAAACAUCCUACCUCUUUGCAUUUUUAAACCUAAUUCGAGUGUGCUAAAUGAACUUCCUCCUUUUCCCUUCUUUAUUUGCUAAUUUGGAACUACGCAUGGGUAUGGCAAAGCUGAAAAGGGUUAAAGGUAGUUAUAACCCCCCGAAAAAAACAGCCGCGAACAAUGAAAAGGGCAAACCUACCCUCUAUGUUGCAUAAGAAUAACAUUAGAAGUAAAAAUGUCAAAUGGUGUUAAUGAAUCCUUUGUUGUGAAUUAAUUAUGUUGGUUUAUGCCGACGCACGUGUGGUUAUUGCUCCUUUCUUUACCGCUGCUGACGUGUGCUAAAAAUGGACAGGGUGGGGAACAAGGCUCCCGCAAAGGGAGUGGAUUUACUGACAGUCAAAAAUGUGAUCCUGCUAGUGUUGGGCGUUACAGCUUUUAUACUUAUUUAUAAGUUCAUGAGACAUCGAAAGAGAGUUUCGGAAUUUAAGAGGAAUAGCGAAAUAGAUAAAAAGAUGAAAAUGUCAAGGGAGAAAAGGCUGCAAGAAUUGGAAAAAGAAAUGAUGGCUAAUAAACAGAAGAUGAGCGAACAGGUGAACAAGGGAGAUGACAAAAAAGAUAAAGCAUUAGAUUCGGACAAACCCAAACCAGAUUCCAAGAACAAUUCGUCGUUCAGCCAUUUUAGGGAUUUAUCAAACUACUACAGGCCGUCCAUAAGAAAUAGGUUACGCGAAAAGCUUUGACAUGAAUGUGAUGUUUCUCCCUCCUGGGGUGCACAUGUGCACACGCAUGGGUGCAGGCAUGCUCAACAGUCUACACAUACACACAUAUAUAUAUGCAUAUGAACUUACACAUAUUUGCCCAUUUAUAUUGCCCCCCCUCCGUAGGUACAAAAAUUCAUCCUCCUGACGAUAGCUUGGAUGAAUUAAAGAGC